AUGAUGACGACGUGGCUGGUCCUGCUCCAACCUCUGGUUGCCUUGCCAUGUCGAAUCCACAGCAUGCGGUCCAGCAGCCAAAGGCUUCCCAUCACCAGCCAAUGGCUCGCGUGCCAUUCAUGGUGUCCCAGACAGCAGAAGCACCAGCUGGCGUGCUCACCAGAUCAGACAUCAACAAGUUCAAGGAGCUGGAGAUCCAGUAGGCUGCAACAACGAGUAUGA